CGCUCAGGAGCUCACGUAUCGAUUACACUGGUCUGACUGACACCGAACCCGAGCAAAACAAGCGCAGGAAAUGAAGGUUGUGACAGAAGCCUGAUGUUGCAUUCGUGAAAUUGUGACAAGCAAGAAGCAUUUCUCCUCCUCCUCUUCAUCAAGCUUGGCGGUGUCACACUGUAUCUGGACAGCCCUGGUUUCAUUCAGUGAGGAGGCGACUGAGUCGUGGACUGUUUUUAUGGCACUUUGUUGAAGAGAUUGAGCGAGCGAGGUGAGCAGAAAGAGCGAAUCGCAGUCGCUGAGUGUUGCCGUGGCUUAUGGCGGCAGGGCAGGAUUGAAACGCAUCGGCUCACUCUCAGUUCUGUUGUUGAUCACUCUUCUGUCCGGUCAGAGAUGGGCAUCCUGGGGUGCGGCGUGCUCGUGUUUGCGCUCUUCUUUCAGUGCCAUAGCCGCAGUGUCCAAAACCCCAUGUUCAGGUUCAAGAGGUUUCAGGACAAUGCCUGGUCAGACCCCAAUGACUGCUCAAGGACCAGACAUCCAUUUGUCCUGUCCAAUCCUUACAACUUUUCCCUCGAUAUUCGCAUACCAGGGGUGAUUCCAACAGAGUCUGACAGCUACUACUGUAUGGCUGUUCCUGUCCCCACGUCACAGGAGGCCUACAUAGUGGACUUUGUUCCCCAUGCCACUAUGGACACAGCCCACCACAUGAUUUUAUAUGGCUGCAAAACCCCUUAUGCCACCCAGGGAUAUUGGGAUUGUGGGAAAGAGCUGGGGACGUGUCGGGAUCAGACCAAGAUCAUGUAUGCCUGGGCCAGGAAUGCUCCUCCAACCAAACUACCCAAAGAUGUUGGCUUUAAAGUUGGAGGAGACACCAGAAUUAACUACUUUGUGCUGCAAAUUCACUAUGGUGAUGUCAAAAAUUUCAGAGAUCAUCAUAGAGACUGCUCAGGACUCACUUUAAGAAUGACUUCCAAACGACAGCCCUUUAUUGCUGGCAUGUAUCUGAUGAUGUCUGUGGACACUGUCAUUCCUCCUGGGAAGAAAGUUACCAAUGCAGACAUUGCUUGCACUUACACAUCCUCCCCGAUGUAUCCAUUUGCCUUUAGGACACACACACACAGUCUCGGUAAAGUUGUGAGUGGGUACAGGGUUCGAAAUGGACAGUGGACUCAGAUUGGACGCCAGUCUCCACUGCUGCCACAGGUACAUUUAAACGUGUCCACUCUGCCUGACCGAACCUGUUUCCACUCUGUCUGUGGUAUUUACAAAGGGAUCAGUAAGCGCAAUUUCCAAGGCACCUCCAAUGAUGAGAUGUGUAACUUCUACAUCAUGUACUACAUGGACAACAGCCAUGCUGUGCCUUACAUGAACUGUGGAGAUGACGGCAGUAGUGAGCUGUUCAGAAACAUCCCUUCUGAGGCCAAUAUUCCCAUCCCGGUCAGUCCAGACCACAUGAUGUCCAUGAAGCAUGAGUCAGCUCCUCAUAAAGAUGUUGUGGAGCUGCAGGAGCCCAAGAGAGAAGAGGAAGUUCUGGAUCAGGACACACUUUGGUGCUGUAAUUUGUCAUUUUGUGCUAGUAGUUUGUUCAUGUGUCAUUGUGUCCUUCCUCACAGAGGCACCUCCAAUGAUGAGAUGUGUAACUUCUACAUCAUGUACUACAUGGACAACAGCCAUGCUGUGCCUUACAUGAACUGUGGAGAUGACGGCAGUAGUGAGCUGUUCAGAAACAUCCCUUCUGAGGCCAAUAUUCCCAUCCCGGUCAGUCCAGACCACAUGAUGUCCAUGAAGCAUGAGUCAGCUCCUCAUAAAGAUGUUGUGGAGCUGCAGGAGCCCAAGAGAGAAGAGGAAGUUCUGGAUCAGGGUGACCUCUAUUCCCUUCUCUCUAAACUGCUGGGGGAGAGGGAGGACGCUGUCCACAUGCAUAAGUACAGCCCCGCAGAGGCGGCCCGAACCCAGACACGUCUGAUGGCAGAGAUUGAUAGCAUAAUGCAAAAAAAAACCCUGGGCUGGCCACGUUUAGGCUACAAAACAAAAGAGGAUGCAAUUCUGGCGAGGGACAGAGUGCACAAGUUUCAUCAGUUAGAGUCCACUGCCAGCCCCUCAAGGAGCAGGACUGUACCCGCCAGACAGCCGACCACAGGGGUGGCUCAGAGGGACCAACCAGGUGUGCAUCUGGUGGAGGUGUCAGACUGGCCCGAGGCAGAUCUGCAGCUGGGACAGGUGUCUGGUCUGGCUCUCAACUCUAAUGGUGACCUGAUCAUCUUCCACAGAGGAGAUCACAUAUGGGGAAUUAACUCCUUUAAUUUCAAUGGCAUCUACCAGCAGAAGGAUCUGGGUCCAAUCCAGCAGUCCACAAUCAUGGUGGUGGAUCCAGUCAAAGGAAAAGUGCUCAAAGCUUCAGGAAGAAAUAUGUUCUAUAUGCCGCAUGGAAUAACUACUGACAAGGACGAUAAUUACUGGGUGACCGAUGUGGCACUUCAUCAGGUAUUCAAACUGAGCAGCGACGGUAAAGAUCGGCAGCUUCUGGUUUUGGGAGAAGCCUUUGAACCAGGAAGUGACAAGAAACACUUCUGCCAGCCUACAGAUGUGGCUGUGGACCCUGUUACUGGAAACGUCUAUGUCUCAGACGGCUACUGCAACUCCAGGAUCCUCAAAUUCUCACCAGAGGGCAAAUAUAUCUCGCACUGGGGAGCAGGCUCCUCGGACAGAAAACGGCGCGCUUCAUUCUUGAUCCCGCACAGUCUGACCUUCCUGCCCGAUAAACAGGAGCUGUGUGUGGCUGAUCGAGACCAUGGACGCAUUCAGUGCUUCAUGGCAGAUACCGGCGAGUUUGUGAAGGAGAUCAAAAAAGAGCAGUUUGGAGGAGAAGUGUUCGCCAUCGCAUACUCGCCUGUCCAAGGUGGUCUCAUCUAUGCGGUGAAUGGAGUGCCUCCAGAUGGGCAGGUCGCCCCCCUUCAAGGCUUUGUUAUCAGUUAUUCAAGCAAGGAGAUCCUGGAUUCCUUCAGUCCAGACGCACAGGAAUUUAAAUUACCACACGACAUUGUUGUUACAGCAGACGGGAGCGUCUUUGUUGGAGACGCAGCAUCAAAUUCUGUAAUGAAGUUCGUUCAGUCUGCAAAGGCAGAACAUCGCUCGGUUAAAAAAGGAGGAAUCGAGGUCCAAGAAAUUGAAGAAACGGAAACGUUUGUGCAGGCCAAUCUGAAGCCGUUACCCAAGAUUCCAGCGCAGCAUCCAGUAGCCGGCGUGCAGAAGAUGCAGGAGCCGUCACAGAAGCAGCAGGAGCAGCCGCUGGCAGCUCCUGAGGAGAAGGAGACGAGCAAGACUGCAGCCAAUCAGAGCGCUCGGGGCGCGUCGACCGCCAUCAUCACCACUCUACUGCUCGUCCCAUUGGUGCUCGUCAUCGCCAUCGGUGCCUUUAUCCGCUGGAAGAGGGGCCGGAUGUACAGUGAUGAUUGUCAGGUGAAGUUGGAGCCUUCAGGAUCAGCAGGAGGAAUCCUGGGUAAAAUCAGAGGCAAAGCUGCAGGAAGCUUGAACCUGGGGAAUUUCUUUGCCUCCCACAAAGGCUACACCCGACACGGCUUCGACAGGCUCAGCACCGAGGGAAGCGACCUGGAGAAAGACGACGAGGACGGCACCGACUCCGAGAACGAGGAGUACUCCGCUCCGCCGGCCCCGAUGUCCUCGUCCUAAAGAGCCAACGCUUUCUGCUAGCGGUGUCGGGAUCUACUUUAAUCACCUCUGUAUUUGUUUGUAUCGGCUGCUGAAACAUUUUAUCUCGUGUGAAAAUGUUUAAACCUACGACUGCCACUUUAAUUGAAGCUUUUAAGGGACCACGUGGAGAUUCAGAGCACUGGUCAUUUUGAGGAUAAAGACAUUUGAUUAUUAUUUUUAACAGGAGCGUUAAAGUAGAUUAUUUAUUUAGUUUUAAUGAUGAACAGCUAGUCAAUCUCUUCCAAUAAUUUAUCAGUCUGAUAGCAGUGCAAUUAAUAUAUAAUUGAUCCAGGCAUUUUGUGUCAUAACAUUUCUGUAUGUUUGUGCCUUUAUGUAUUUCGCCUUCUGCAGCACCUAUAUAUUACUACAGAUGUGCCACAUAUUUAAGAGCUGCUACUGUCACCUGUGAUUCGAGUUGUUUUUUGCACCUGAUUAAAAAAAAAAAAAAGAUGAUUACAAAUUUAAGGCUGUAUUUACUACAUUUUCAAAGCUAAUGUGAGAUGUGUCUGAUAUUUGUUGUGAUACUGAGGUUUUAUUGAAAGAAAACUAUUUUCAGUAACGAUGUUAUUUGUGUAAUAAAGUGUCUGCAAAGCAUCAGCUCUUU